AUGUCUAAUGCUGAAGCUAAACCGGUACUUCAUUCAUAUUAUCGCAGCUCAUGUUCAUAUCGAGUUCGAAUCGCAUUAAAUUUGAAGAAUAUUGAUUAUGCUACUCACGCAGUAAAUCUUAUCAAAAGUGAACAGUUAAAUGAUGAGUACAAGAAGCUGAAUCCAAAAGGUGAAGUUCCAGUUUUAUUCAUCGAUGGGAAAGCACUUGCGCAAUCGCUUCCAAUCAUCGAAUACAUCGAGGAAACACGUCAAUUCAAACCUCGACUUCUACCUGAAGAUCCUUUUAAACGUUAUCAGGCUCGUAUGAUAAGUGAAAUUAUCGCUUCUGGCAUUCAGCCAUUACAAAACUUGAGUGUUCUCAAACGUGUUGGCGACGAGAAAAAAGCAGAAUGGGCACAUCAUUUUAUCAAAGUUGGGCUCGAUGCGGUCGAAAAAGUCCUCGAAGAAUCAGCUGGUCGCUAUUGUGUAGGUGAUGAAGUUUCACUCGCUGACUGUUGUCUCGUACCUCAACUAUACAAUGCACGACGAUUUAACGUGGAUUUGGCUAAUUAUCCUAUUAUGACUGCUAUUGAAGAAAGAUUAAGUGCUCUUCCUGCCUUUCAAAAGGCACAUCCUGAUUGUCAACCCGAUUUUCCCGGAGAAAGUGUUACAAAAGCCUAA